GGUAUUGAGAUAAAACUCGUGUAAAUACUACACCUUUCUUAAUCUGAUCUCAGUAUUUAUUAACUAAGUAUCCAACAAUUUUUUUCCUCUCCCUCUUUGUUCACCUAAGUCCAAUGGUUAAUAUUUUAUAAUGAUCGAUCAUAUUCACUCUGAAGGAAUGGAUUAUACCCAGUUAUCCAUUAAUCCAUCAAGCAUGAAUGAUUCCGAUUCAAAUAAGGCACUUACUCACCAAAGAACAAACUCCGCUGUAUCCACCCACUCUAACAUGUCCAGCUUCUCCGGCUUGACAUUAUUUGAUCAGACUGGCCCCGGAAUUUCUGGUAACUUGAAUCUUAACAAGAACCUGUUGAACCCUAACAUCCGGCCCAACCAUCAGCAUCAAUUAUCCAUCAACUCGGUGACUUCAGUAAACUCCAUUAUUGAACCAAUCACACCACCUUCAAAUAACCAUUCCAACAAUGUGGUGAUCACAGCUGGAGCAGAGAUUGAUAAGGAGUAUUUGGCUGCAGUGAGCAAAAUACCAUUAUCUCAGUUGAAAUCAGAUAUUUUGCGGUUAUCGAAGGAUCAAUAUGGUUGUAGAUUUUUGCAAAAAAAGAUUGAUGAAAACUUGAUUUCAAAUUAUUCCAUUAGAUAUGCAAACUUUGAAAUCAUCUUCAAUGAAAUUUAUCUUAACUUGUAUGAAUUAAUCAUUGACCCUUUUGGCAAUUACUUGAUUCAAAAAUUGAUCAAAUACGCUUCCAAUGAAAAUUUGAACUUGAUGUUGGACAUUUUGCAGUCCAAUUUGUUUCAGAUUUCUAUUAAUCAACAUGGAACUAGAGCUUUACAGAAAAUCAUCGAAAGUUUGAAUUCUCCUUACCAAUUGGACUUACUUACAAGUGGUUUGAAGCCAUUCAUUAUCGAAUUGAUCAAGGAUUUGAAUGGUAACCAUGUGAUCCAAAAGAUCUUGAACAAGUUCAAACCAUUGCAGUGUCAAUUCAUUUACGAUUCAAUCUUGAAUGAUUUGAUCACCGUGGCAACCCAUAAACACGGGUGCUGUGUUUUGCAAAAGUGUCUCAAUCAUGUCACUUAUAAACAGUUGAAUCAGUUUGUCAAUGAGAUUUUGAAUGAUUUCAACCUCAAUAAAUUGAUCAAUGACCAGUUUGGUAACUAUGUAUUACAGUAUUUGAUUUCUAUCAAUGACUAUCAGAUUCACUACAAGUUCUACUCCAAUUUGGUCAGGUUUGAUAUGAUCCAUUAUUGUAAUUUGAAGUUUUCUUCCAAUGUCAUUGAAAAAUUCAUCAAGAACUGUGCUAAUAAUGAAUUUAAGAACAAUGAAGUCAAUAUUGACUUUGUUAACUUGAAGUUUGAGAUGGUCCAUCACAUUUUGAAAACUUCAGCUAGCUUGAAUAAGUUAAUUAAUGAUCCUUUUGGUAACUACGUCAUCCAAACGUUGAUAGAUAAUUUGACCAAUCCAAACAUAGACUAUGCAUCCUUGAAGCCAAAGAACUUAAGUCUUUUGGCUAACCCUAUGUCACCCAACAAUGAAGCGAUUAAGCACGAAAUCAUUGGCAACUAUUUUCAAAAUUGCAAGAUUAUCAGUUCAUUUGGCAAGAGAAUUCAACUGAAGGUUUCGUUAAUCUUAAACAAUCACAAUGUCCCAAAUUCACAAUUUCCACCAAGGACUAAUCAAGGGGGCGUUAAUUCGUCCCCAAUCUUCAACUAUGACUAUACUACCAACCCUAAUGUCCCUCCCCAAUUCAUGAACGUUGCCUCUGCUGCAACUGCUCAUUUACCUUUAAAUGAUUUCAGUCAACCUGGUUCAGUCCAUGGUUCUCGUUCUGGCUCUGCUCCGCAGGUGCCUCAUCGUUCAAGCUCUAAUUCCUUAGAAUCUAGAUCAAACUCCUAUCCAGGUGUGCACUCCAGGUCAAAUUCUUUCCAGUUAAAUUCGUCUAUGGCUGCUCUGGGUCCAAUGAAUUCUAAUUAUGUCCUUGACAAACAGUUAUCCCAUAAUCUCAAUAACUUAAAGUUAUCGAACAACUUUUAUGCUGGUUCUGUUAGUCAACCCCAAUCAGUCAACAGUAGCCUGAAUGUGACUCCAUCCAUGACUGGUGGGCAACCUGGAUAUUUUAUGAAUAUAAAUGGUGGCCCAAUUCCAAUGAGUCAACUGAAAACUAACCAUUUGAACAUGAAUCCCAAUGUCAAUGGCGUUAACUCUUCGAAUUCUGGAGGAUUGAACUACAAUUCUAAUGGUGGUGGAUACUUGAACAACAAUACGGGCAUGAACUUCAACUUGAACAAUCAGGGUUAUUUAAAGACUCCCCAAAUAUUUUCUAAUGCCCCAGUUAACGAUUUCACUCACGAUUCUAACAAGAAUAUCAACUAUUUUAGAUGAAUCCUGCCGCUUAUUUGAAAGCUACCUACUUUGAGUACAUCUUGAACUAAAUGUUCGAGAUUUGUUCUAUUUUUCACAACUUGUUAUGGUUUGGUUUUAAGAGUUUAUUAUGAAACAUAUAAAUAGAUUAGCAAGAAUUGUAAUGUUAUGUGCUAUUAUACAAAUAAAAUAUAUAAUCUUUAUUUACUUUCUUCUUUUGACUUUGUCCCAAACACUGUUGGGUUUUCUCUUUCUGCUGGUACCUUCGCUUAAUUGUCUAGAAUUAUUGAACAUGGACCAAUCUUCACCUCCAAAAGUGUUGUUAAGUUCUUUCCGUUUUUGGUACUUGUCUUUUUUGGUCAUGGUACUAGGCAAUCUGACGAAAUUAGUUUCUUCAUAUGUUUGUAAUUCCUUCUCCUUUCUCCGUUCAGAAUCAGUCUUAACACCACCUCUACCGUGGUUAACAAUAUUAACACCAAUAGACUUCUCUUCCAUUGGUAAAUCACUAUUUUCACGCAAAUACUCUUCCAUACUUUGAAGCUUCUUGCUUGGCUUAUUCUUUGUCUCUUCUCUUGUUGGAGGAGCCAUCGCAGAAAUCUUAGGUGGUUUAUAUGCUUCCUGAAUGGGUUCUUCGGGUUUUGAUGAAGCCUUCUUUGAAGCCUUGCUCAUUAAGGAAGAAGCAUCUGGUCUAUAUGCUAGCUCAUCUUCACUUUCUUCACUGGAAUCGUCAUUAUCAUUAUUCACACUAGCAUUUUGCUGGUCAUCAUUACCCUUAGCUUCAUAUUCUUGUAGCAUUUUAUUGUAUGUUCUGAUCAUCUUAUCCAAUUGAUAGUUUAACUUCUUCUCAAGAGGUUUGAUUCCUCUCUCUAUCGUUACUCUCUGAGCAAUGGUGCUCUCGAUUGAUUUUUCCCUAACAUCAUCUGCUUCUUCGUACUUUCCUUCCUUUGUUCUUUCUAUUUGACUUAAGAUAAUCAUCACUGCAUUAUGGAUAUAAGACAAGACCGUAUUAUUCUUCAAAUUAAGUAAGGAUACUUCCUCCAACUUACUCUUACUAUCGAGCAAUAACUGGUUUAUGAAUUCGGGCAAGUCGUUCUGCAUUUCAUAUUCCAAUAUUUUGAGUAUACCAUCAUUAGUGCUCUCCAAAGAUGGGGUUAUGGUGGAUAUUACCUCAUCUAUGUUGCUUGACAUUUCUUAGAUAUGUUUUACUAACUUC